AUGGAGUCCUCAGCUCAGGUCAAAAAAGAAACCCAUGCCAUCACCAUACAACCAAGGGAAACUGUAUUGACUGGAUUUCCUUACAGACCUCAUAGCUCUCUGCUGGAGAUCCUGAAGGGAGAGCCACAAGUCUUGGGGGCUGUCCAGAUUCUGCUCGCUCUGAUCAUUGCUGGCCUCGGAACUAUAAUUACAUUUAAUUUUGUCAGAUUCUCCCAAAGAUUUCCCCUCGUUUUCCUCACAGGAUAUCCAUUCUGGGGAGCAUUCACCUUUAUUCUGGCAGGAUACUUCACAGGAAUCAAGAAGAAACCACAAAAAUAUCUGAAACAAAGUGCCAUGGCCAUUAAUGUUCUCAGUUCCUUUGUCGCAAUAGCUGGGAUUACUCUCACAGUUAUCAGCUAUAAAGACCGACACAAGUUCUGCCAGGUGCCUUCCCUUGAAGGAAUAUGUGUUAUAGGGAGAACACUUUUGACGGGAAUUUUGUCAGUCUUACUGAUCGCCAGCAUAGCGGAAUUCAGCAUCUCUGUGACCAUUGCAACCUUUAGAAACACGUGUUGGACAAAGUCAAAUGAGAUUGUGUUUUUCUUGCCUUCGGAUGUUACUCCAAAUAACGAACUGCCUGCUCCAGAACCAAAUGCCCAAUUUCAAUUUGAGCUUCAAGAAGAAUCUUCCAAUGGUGAUACAACAACAAACACACACACCUUUUUCUUCGGAGGCUAUGCUUUCUUCAAAUUAAGAGUCCAACCCAAGGCACAGCCAGAAAGGAAAGUUGACUAUACACCUUCUGCACCUGUGCCAGAUGAAGAUACUGAGCUGAGACCUCUGCCUCCCAUAUUAGAGAAAAAGUCCUCAGGAAACAUUACAUGCAUUCAACCAGGCCAUACAGUUGAACAUGUGGAAUCUGAAGACCUACAACCCCCCAAAAUGCAAAUCCAAUUGCUCCAGGCCCAAACUUUCCCACUCCAAGUUUUUUCAUCCCAUUCUUCCCCAGAUCAGCAAUUUAAAGAUUUAUUAUAUCAAGAUAUUAGAUCAGAAGUCUUGUUAUUGACUCAAGAAUGGAACUCUGAGAAGGAACUCCACGGCAAGAAGUCUUUAAAGCGACAUUCCCUAGUAGAAAGAAGCAAAGGUUGGCAAUCCCCAAAGAGGAGAUCCCUAGACCAGCAAAGCCCACACCAGAAACCCCCAAAGCGUAAAUCCCUAGAUCAGGAAAGUCAAGGCCAGGAAUCGCCAAGGCGAAAAUCUGUAGACCAGCAAAUAAGAGAUUGGCUAUUCCCAAAGAGGAGAUCCCUAGAUGAGCAAAGUAAAAGUUUGCAAUCCCCAAGGAAACAAUCCUCAAGUCGGCAAGUUGGCAAUAAGCAGAUGACAAUGCAACAGCCUCCAGAGCAACAAGCUGAAGACCAACAGACCCUCGAGGAGCAAUCCCCGAAGCAAGAGUUCCCAACUGGGCAAGGUGAAGAUCAGCAGCCCCCAGAGCUUCCAGAGAAAUGUCAGCAGGCUGAUGAGCAACAGCCCCCAAAGGAAAAGCCUGAAGAGUCCCAAGCCAAAGGACAGAAAGCUCAAGAGAAGAAAGCUCCAAAAGAUCUAUGCAAAGACUGGAAAUUACAAAUCCCUGAAUCUCAAGACAGCAAUUACAAGAAGGUCCAACUCGAGACAGUCAGUGUCCAGACAAGCUCCAACAAGACCUUCAGUCCAGAGUGA